UUUUGAAUUUCAUUUCCUGUUUGGUCACCAUAAGCACAGGUGACCAUCAGCACAGUCUACCAUCACAGGCGACCAUGCAGAGUCCACCAUCACAAGAGACCACGCAGUCCCGGAUUCAUAGACGAACUCCAGCAUGGUUUGAACAGGAGGUACUGGAUCUCAUCGCAUGUUGGGGAGACGAAUCUGUUAUGGCAGAACUAUGUUCCAAAAAAAGAAACGCAAAUACAUAUGCUAAAGUCUCCAGGGCCAUGAUGGAAAGAGGCUACUCCAGGGGCACAGAGCAAUGUUGUACAAAAAUCAAGGAGCUCAGGCAAGCGUACCAAAAAGCCAGGGAGCCGAAUGGGCACUCUGGGUCACAGAGCCGUACAUGCUGCUACUACCGUGAGCUGCAUGCAAUUAUGGGGAGUGACGCCACCACUACUCCACCACUGUCCGUAGACACCUGCACGGGGGGAGUUGCACAGAGUGAGGAGGAUGAGGAAGAGGAGGAGGAGGAGGACAGUGCACAGGCGGCAAGUGGGGAAUCCGUUUCCACCGCUAGCCAGGAACUAGUCUUAACGCUGGAGGCAACAGCCUCCCCCCACUCCCAAGGUGGGCUCCCGGACCAUGACACUGGAGAAAGCACUUCUGGGCCCAGCUGAACGUGUGGAGGCAAACAAUUGCGGAGUCCCAUAAAGCGUUAAAUGAACACAAAGAGAGGAGGGACACACGCAAUGAGAGCAUGCAGGAUGCUAUGGUCAAGCUCAUGGGGAAGCAAACUGACAUGCUCCGCUGUAUGGUGGAUAUAUGCGGGAAAGGCAGCAAGACCACUGACUGCUGCUGCAGCCCCUAUAUAAUCGCCCUC